CUUUUCUCUAUCCUAAUUGUCUUCUCUCUGUGACAUUGAAUCCUUCUUUCCACCAUUUCUUGUGUUUCAAUUUGCGCUUCUGGAUCUAAUUGCUACUAUGGUCUGGCGUCAAAGAAGAUAGUUAUUAUUGGGGUUUUCAAAGCCCUAAUUAGAUUGCGAUGAACCUGUGCUGCUUCGGUGCAUCGAAAUUCAAAUUGAUAUCUCGUAAAGAGAAGGAUGUGAACUCUUCAGAGACAGAAGAGAUUUUUACCAACAAUGUACGGUUGUUCUCCUAUCCUACAUUGAGAUCUGCAACAGGAAACUUCCAUCAAUCAAAUCGAGUUGGUGCAGGCGGUUUUGGUGUUGUCUAUAGGGGUGUUUUAGGGAAUGGUACUCAGGUUGCAGUUAAGUCUCUGUCAGCAGAAUCUAACCAAGGAACUCGCGAGUUCUUGACUGAGAUUGACAUGAUAUCAAAUGUCAGACAUCCGAACCUUGUUCAACUCAUUGGGUGUUGUUUUGAGGGCAGAAAACGUAUUCUGGUCUACGAGUAUUUGGAGAACAACAGCCUUGCAAGUGUUUUACUCGGUCCAAAUAAUAAAAGGAGUAUUCUAGACUGGCCUAAAAGAGCAGUCAUAUGCAUGGGUACAGCUCAUGGUCUUGCAUUUCUUCACGAAGAAGCUAAACCACAUAUUGUUCACCGAGAUAUCAAGGCGAGUAAUAUACUUCUUGACGGAGACUUGCAUCCUAAAAUUGCAGACUUUGGGUUGGCUAAACUUUUCCCAGACAGUGUCACUCAUCUUAGUACACAAGUUGCUGGAACAAUGGGUUACUUGGCUCCAGAGUAUGCUUUGUUGGGACAGUUGACGAAAAAGGCUGACAUCUACAGUUUUGGAGUGCUUAUACUUGAAAUAAUCAGUGGCAGAAGUAAUACAAAGGCAGCAUUUGGAGAGGAUCUGAUGCUUCUUGUGGAAUGGACAUGGAAACUGAAAGAGGAAGAUAGGCUAUUGGAAGUAGUUGAUCCAGAACUGACUGAGUUCCCAGAGGAAGAGGUGAUCCGCUUUAUCAAGGUAGCACUGUUUUGUACACAAGCUGCAUCUUCCCAGAGGCCCUCCAUGACACAGGUGGUGGAGAUGCUCUCCAAAGAGAUGAAUCUCGACGUUAACUCAUUGAUUCAGCCAGGGGUAUAUAAGGACCAUAAUUCUCAAUCCUCAGGCGGUAGUAGUUCGCAGGAGGCUUCUCAGGCACAGAAGGGUAAACAGUCAAUAAAUCCUUUCACCUAUUUGGGCAACUCUCUUUCCAUUUCAACGAUGCAACCAAGGAAGGGAGAGGAAGAGGAGUUGUAAAUAAUUGAUGUUAUCCAGGGUGGCAUGACUGUUAGUGAGUUGAUUUCAAAUCCGCAUACAUUUUUUCUCUUCAGAUCGGCAGUCAUAGGGCAUGUAAGAUCUGUUAAGAGGAAUAAAAUGUGUAUUUUUGUGCGAACUUUGAGAUCGACAUGCAAGUACCGGUAUGGAACCACCCUCUAAUAGGGUUUAAAUGUGUACUUUUUCACAUAUGUAUUAUCAGGUAAUUAAGUAAUUUGAAAUUGAGGUAAAAAGCCCUUUCACUUUCCUAGACAUAAAUCACUUCCCUUAACCAUUAUUGAAACCAAGUCAUUGAGUCUUGCAAGUAUGGGUUCAAACCCGGGAGCUGAUUUUUAUUGGGCUUCUUCUCCCUCAUUAUAGCUGAUUUAGAAUGGAAUGCCAUGUCAAGACCUAGAUAUAGAUUUUCUUGUUUGUACAAAGAUUAACUGCGGAUGGUGAUGCAGAUGGUUUUUGUUUUCAUUUUUUUUCUUUCUAUACUGGACGUUCGAUGAAUGACUUGAUGUCUAAUCUUGUACCUUAUUUGGUUCUUUUAAUCUAUUCAUCGAUUACUUUUAGUGAGGGAAAACAAAAU